CAAAAACAGCUCAAAAUGCGCAAUUCGGAAUACCUGACUAUAUAUAGAGAAACACAUUUAAUAGAGGUAUGUGAGUCAAUGUAGUUUAGCUCUAAACUGUGAUGAUAAUUGUAUUCCUCAACGUUUAUUUAAUACUUAUCAUGUACUACGUAUAUGAUACUAACUUAUUAGAAUUUUUGCUCCAUUUAAAUUUGGUAAAUACGAAUUUCAAUCUUUGUUCAGGUUUACCAAUACCCAAAUUUGACCUUCACAUUUACCAAUGUUCACAACUUUGAUGUUGAUCUAUAUGGUUAUAUAUUAUGGGGCAUUAUUUGUAUUAAUGUCAGAUAACUGUUCUGCUCAUCUCGUUUUGCAGGGAUGGCUUCUUCCAAGGCACCAUGAUGAAACCCGGAAGAACAUGCCUAAGAAUGCCCUGCAUUGAUGACUCUUGAGCUCCUAGCCAACAGGUGAAAGAUGAUAAUGUGAAGGGACCCUCAGAAGUUGUUGACUAUUUAAUGAUGCACACACCAAAUCCUAUGUAUUGUGAGCAAGUGGGUAUACCACAAGCAUUUCUUCCCGAUCCCCCAACACAGUGAUAUUGUUUUAAUGACGUGACAUGGGGGAUGCAAAUGGAAGGUGAAUUUUGGUAAGCUCCAGUUUCCAAAGCUCACAUGAAAACAACAGUGGUAUAACCACAGCGUGGUUACCAGUGAAACCUUUGGGUGCCCCUGCUUUUGAUGCCCCUUGUGUGAAAGAGUUUGAUGCCCCUUGUGUGAAACCAAAUGAUGCCCAGGUUAAUGUAUGUAUCUGUUGAUAAACUUGUUACUAUCCCAUUUACUAUCCAAGUAACUAAUGCUUCUGUAAGUGCCAGACCUGAAGUUGAUAUGCUUGUUACUGCUAAGCCAUUAGAGGCCCACGCAGCUUCUUUUAUCUAUGUUGUUACCAACAUCCGUAUUAGUUCAAACCCUGAAUUUGAUGUCCCUGAUACUGCUAAGCCUUUGGAGGCCCGGGCAGUUUCUUUUAUUGAUGUUGCAGGCCCAGAAAAUGGUGUUGCAGUCCCUUAUGCUGUGUAUAAUAAUGUUACAGAUGCCCCAAAUGCUACGCAGGCUGCCUGUAACGCUACUAAGGCUACAAAUGUCCAACUUCCAACGGGUUUUUAGUCUGAUGAAGCCCCGGUGGCCACCCUUCACGUGGCGGUAACCGAGGAAAUUCAUCAACUGGCUACCUGUGAUGCUGGAAAUGAUACGUUCUAGGCCUGAGACGGAAAUGAUGAGGCUGUCUCUGAUCCAACUUUUGACUAUGCACUUAGUACACCUGUCACUUUUAUCUUACUAUAUAUAUCUUACUAUUACUAUAUAUAUAAAAGAUGAAUGAAGGUUAGUUGCUCCUGUUUAUUCCCGUUCGCUCCUUGCGGAUGGGCUUUAUCUCUUUCGACGCCCUCACAAACCUUCAUUUACGUUUCUGGACUCUUGGA